UCGCACCAAGCCUUCAAGAGUCGCCUAGAGCAAUAGGUGGCUCGAAACAUGUAAAGAGAGCUUACCGAUUUUCUGGUGGUCGUUGAGGUGGACCAACUUGGGGAUAUGCCGGCCCUGCCUGAUGCUGUCCGUAGGCUGGCUGUUGUCCAUGUUGAUAGGGCUGCUGUUGGCCAUAUCCAGGUUGAAAAUUGCCAUACGGUUGUGGUUGGAAAGGUCCAGCGCCUGCUACAGGCCCGCUACUCCACGACAUUACACCCCUGGCCUAGUCUCGAUUGAUAGCCAGAUCAAGGACAAUAAUGGGCUUGGAAGACCAGACAAGGGAGAUUAGGGGUUUGGCUCUGAAGAAGGAUGGAAGUUGACUCCA